AUGUCCACCCCAAAUGAUAUUCAGGCUCUCCUGGCGAGCAUCCGUCCGCGUCCCUCUCCGACAGGUACCCCCGGUCAGGAUGCUCCCAGGUCUCAGUCUCAGUCUCAGUCUCAGUACCCCCAGCAGUACCACCACCAGCAGCAGCCUCCCUACGAUGGGCAGAGCUUCCCUCAUCCCUUUCAUCAGCACCACCUGCAUCCGACUCAGCGUGCUUACCACCCCCCCUCGGUGACUUCCGCUAUCCCUAGUCCCUCGCCUGUUAAUACUCCGCCCCAUCAUGGCUCGGAUAUUUUGAGUCCUCGGGGUGAGAUGUUUUCGCCCCAGCCCCAGCUGCAUCAGCAGGCUCAGGCUCAGGCUCACGCCCAGGCCCAGGCUCAAGCUCAAGCUCAGGCUCAAGCCCAGGCUCAGGCUCAGGCUCAGGCUCAGGCUCAAGCUCAGGCGCAGAACCCAGAUCGUGCGGCCAAUCUGUUGAAUUUGUUGAAGUUCAACCAGCCUGCUGCGUCCGCUCCCCAGGCUCCUCCCCACGCCUAUGGCAUGGCUCCUGAGGGUGCAUCCCCGUCUCACGCCAGAACUAUCUCCGCGUCGGACUUGGUCGCCAAUCUGUUCGGGAGGUCCGGUCCGUCUGCGGCCGCUCCCGUGAGACCUGCCGGCUUCCAGUCAGGUCCUGGUCCAAGCUCCUCGUCGCCCGCCCCGACCGCCGAAAACACCCAGGAGAUGCUCCUUCGCUUGCUCAAUCGCCCCAAGCCGGGUCAGGGUGCCGCCGAAGGUCUGGCGAAGCCGGUGUCUCAGCCCUCGGCCUCCGCCUCGCCCCAGAAAUCCCCCGUUUCUGAGGUUGAGCCGGCGACCUCGACCGCUCGCCCGGUCCAAGCGGUCACGGAUUUCUUGGUCUCGAGCGCCCUUGGUCCCGAGGAGAUCUUGUCCGGGAAACCGGAUGAGGUCGCACCUCAGGCGCUGGGAUCUGCGUCGGCGUCGAAGGAGUCUCUGUUCACUUAUGUGAAUCCUUUCGACCAAUUGGCCGCCGCCUCCCCCCGGAAGGGGACUCCGCAGCCCAAGUCUCGCAGUGAAACCCCCGCCGUCGAGGCCGUCUUGGACGAGCCCGUCAGCGUCGCUGCCUCUGAGCAACCCGCGACCCAGCAGGAACGCUCUACGUCGCCCGUGCUGGCCGACGAGCAAAGGGAAGCUGUGACUCAGGUGGUGGAGGAUCUGGUGGGCCAGAUCGUUCGUGACGUCGAUGACGUCGUGGCUCAAUCCACCAAAGAGGGCAAAAAGCCGGCGGUUGCGGCGCCACGCAACGACACCCAGGAAGUGCUGUCGUCGAUCGCGAGCCAUCUGCGUGACACUGUUCCUGAAACCAAGGAAUCAGCGAAGCAGGACGGUGAGCCGACCGGCAAGGCAGCUCCCGCAAGUGCCAACGCCACCCCCGCUGCGAGGGAGACCUCCCAGAACGGCGGUGAUGUGUUGGACAGCUGGGAGAGUGCCGAAGAUAGCGCCGAAAAGGAAGAAGAACGGAUCGUCCCUGUCUACAACUUCCCUCUGCGCCCGUUCGUCACCAUGACGGUCAAGCCCCAGUCCGGGAAGCUCGUGACCCUCCGCGACGACGGAAUCAUGGACAUCGCUCGGUUGAAGAAAGACUUUGACCAGCUCGACCGGUCGUUGACCUCGGCCACCUCGGACUACAUCGUGUACGCGUUGGCGAAGAGCGGCGGCCUGCGGAUCAUCCGUCAGGACGACGGGAACGACAAGCAAGCCUUCCGUUCCACCCGAGACCGCGUGUUCAACGUGGCCGUGUGCACGUCCCAGACUACCAGUGGCGAGUCCGAUGAGCAGGCCGUCCUGGGCAUCGGUGUCAGCGGCACGGUGUACUGGGCCCUCAUCUCGCGGGCGGAGAAGGACCUGUUCGAGAUGGACGCGCUGGAGAGCGAGAGUCUGAUUUUCCCGCCGUUCCCUGCGUCGGACGAGAACACCUCGGGUGGUCAGCUGAAAACGCGCGCCAAACGGAGCUCUCGCCAUCCCGGCUUCUUUGCCAUUGGCCGGGGGAAGAACAUCUACGUGAUCUCCCCCCAGGCGGCCUCCGACGCGGCCUAUGGCGUGUCGGGGACCCAGCGCACCGUGAACACGGAGAAAUUCUUCCGCGAACGCGCCCUCAAGAUCUCCACCGGCAAGGCUGGCAAGGAUUUCAUGUUCAGUGACGAUGACACCGUCAUCGCGUCCCUCGAUAAGACCGGCCGCCUGCGCUUCUGGGACAUCCGCGACGUGGUGAACAACCAGUCCUUCUUCGCUGCCGCCCCCAACCCGAGCGAGAUCCGGGUCCCUCUGAAUACCUUCGUGACGGGCUCCCCCUCGGAGAAGUCGUGGCCGACCUCUGUGCUCUUCAUCGACAAGCUGCGCCCCUACGUCAAGUCGAUGGCCUUGCGCUACGUUCUCGUCGGGCUGAAGCAGAACCACACCUUGCAGCUCUGGGAUAUUGGGCUGGGCAAGGCCGUGCAGGAGCUGCAGUUCCCGCAUGAGAAUGAGUCGGAUGCGAUCUGUAGCGUCGCAUACCACCCUGGAUCCGGCAUCAUCGUGGUCGGCCACCCCACGCGCAACUCCAUCUACCUGGUGCAUCUGUCGGCGCCCCGCUACAACCUGCAGGCCAUGUCGCAGGCCUCGUUCAUCAAGCGGGCCGGUGAGAAGGAUGCCACCCUGCCCAAGACCGAGUCCACGGCUUGUCUCAGCGGUCUCCGCGAGAUCUCGUUUGCCUCCAAGGGACAGCUGCGCAGCUUGGACCUUCUGCCGAUCACCAAGACGACUGGCGAAGAGAAUGGCCUAUUUGAGCUCUACGUCAUGCAUUCUCGUGGCGUGACCUGUUUGAACAUCAGCAAGGAGGACCUGGGCUGGAGCACCGAUAACAAGAUUAUUCGUCCCAUCAACGCCCUGGAGCAAGGGCUCGUUGAGAUCGCCCCGCUGCAGACCUUCCCCACCUACGUCACGGAUGAUCCUUCAGUCAACGGGGAUUCCGCUCCCGCCUCCACGCUCGGCAAGUCCGCGCCCAAGGAGGUUGCCAAGAAGCCCGAGUUGAGCGCCGAUGUCACUACCGCUGCCAGUGCCGCGACUGGUGCUAGUGCUGGCGACUCCCGCAUGCAAUCCCCCACCAAACCGCCGUUGAAGAAGAAGAUCUCGGAGGGGCCGAGCGAGCCAGCCAGCGUGGCGAAUGGUGCGGACAAGGUGGACAAGAAGAAGAAGAAGAAGGGUGCGGUUGCGGCUAGCGAAGGACCGGCCAAGGUGAAUCAGCCCAGCCCCGCUGCAUUCACCGGUGCGCCUGAGGGGCUUGCUGCCUCCACUCAGACCACGGGCGAACCGCUCAACGGGAAUGCCCCGGCCAAGACACCUGUCACAAUGGCCACGCCAGAGACAGCUGCAUCCGAACCCGGUGUGUCGAGCGCCUCGUUCAUCAAGAAUAUCGAGAGCCUGCAGAGUGGUGUCUCCAGCGAAUUCAACAAGAGCCUCGGUCGCGAGAUGGAGGGCCUGUACCGUCGCUUCGACGACGAGCGUCGCAACUGGGAUGCUGCGUCGGCGGCCAAACAGGACCAAGUCUUGCGUCUCGUCUCCAGCACCCUGUCGGACAACGUGGAGAAGAACCUCACCCGGAUUGUGUCCGACAGCAUCAAGUCCGACGUGCUGCCGGCGUUGUCUGAUCUCACGUCGACCGCUGUCAGCAACCAGAUCUCCACCGCCGUCGCCCAGCAGAUGGGCAGUGUGCUCCCCCGCGAGUUGCAGCACGCGCUCCCUGACGCCAUCGGCCGGGCUCUGAAGCGUCCUGAUGUGAUGCAGGCCUUGUCGGACGCCGUGAGCCAGAAGGUCUCUUCGCACCUUGAGGGUGAGGUCGUCAGGGCGAUGCAGACCGCUCUCACUCCAGCCUUGAAGAACCUCUCCCUGCAGUCGGCCGAGAAGGUCGCUGCGGGUGUGGAGAAGCAGAACCAGGCCCGCCUGCAGGUGUACGAGAAGCAGCGCCGUGACGAUGCGGCCAAGAUUGAUCGCUUGACGUCUCUCGUUCAGGGUCUGUCUGACACCGUUUCGUCGAUGGCUGCCGCGCAGAGCGGUUUCCAGAACGAAGUUCUCCGACUCAACCGUGCCGUGGCGUCUCAGGGUGGACCCGUGGGCGGACCCACGAAGGCGGCUCCGCAGACUACGUCCGCCCCUGCGGCGCCUGCGCCUGUGUCUGCCCCUGCCCCUGCCCCUGCCCCUGCCCCUGUUCCUGCUCCUGCCCCUGCGCCUUCAGCGCCCGCCGUACCCAGCGCACCCAAGGGUAUCAAAGACCCCGAGCUGGCGGAAAUCGCACAGAUGAUGCAGGAGGGUAAAUACGAAGAGGGAUCCGUCAAGUGGCUCCAAUCCAACCAACAGGCCGAUCUGUUUGACAACCUGUUUGUCCGCUUGAACCCGGCUUAUCUGACCGCGCUGUCGCCCAUCGUGGUGCUGUCCGUCGGUGUUGCCGUCACAUCGUCUCUGCAGACGAACACGGCCCAGCGUCUUGCGUGGUUGGACGUUGUUCUGCAGACUGUCAAUGCACAGGACCCCGACAUCCAAGAAGUCGCUCCCAAGAUCAUGGAGAUCCUCCUCCAACGCCUGGACAGCCUGUACAUGUCCGUUGCGCACGCCGCUCCGCACGAGCCUUACCUCCGCCGCAUCCCAGCACUGGCUCGCCGUGCGAGGGAGUUGCGUGGGUAG